AUGGAGAAUUUUUUUGUGUGCUACGAAUGUGGUGCAACACGCCGUAGUCGAGGCGAAUUCGAUGAGCACGUUUUCAUGCAUCAGGCCGUGUCCAUCUGUUAUCAGCUGUACGAGUACGAAAAAAACGCAUCUUCUGAAAAGGGCAAACAGGGAAGCCAGCAGAGUGGAAGUACUGAAAAGAGAUCGAAACAAGGCAAGCAGCAGCAGCAACAGAAAGUCACAGAGUUACCGCAAAAGAGUGCUCGCAAAACAGCAGCAACACCGAAACGAAAAUUACCAGAUUCACUUUCAACCUCUGAAACUUCCUCUCUCUGCUCUGCUGUAUCUUCGCCAGCUUCUGCCACAAAACAGAAGAAAUCUCAAAAGGAGGCGAGGAAUGCGAAAGCGUCCAGUAGCAGCAAAAAUACGGCUCAGGAAAAUACGGCUUCAGAUGGAACUAAUAAAUCACCGGUCGGCUUUCACGCUGAGCCAGGAAGUUCCGGACAAGUCACGCAAGGAUCAAAAUCUGACCGAUUUGGGAAGGCACUGACGCCGCUGACCUCUCAACUAACUGUACAACCGUCCUCGACUGCCAAAGCCGAACCAGGCCUGAAGAAGAAAAAGAAACAAAAGCAAGAGCCGCAAAAAUCGGUCGAACCAUCAGGAAAUACAGUGGUAGCGUGCGGGGAUGCACAGUCUGCCACAGUUGCACAUCCUGACGCAGUAGCAGGAACCAAGGGUGUUGCAACCGCAACUUCGACAAACAUCCCUGAAGCAGCAAAGACUUCGGCGACCAACAAAGUAACAAAUGCGCCAGUAGCAGCAACAACGUCAGGAUUUAAAUUUGCGCAGCCUGGAAAAUCAGCAGAUUCGCAGCCUAAAACAAUUUCAACAGCCACUACGUCAGCGACACCUACGAUGCCCGCGGCAGCAGCAGCAGCAGCAGCG